AUGACAAACAUGCUCCAGACAGCCUGGCCACAGAAGUUGGUGACUUUUGAAGAUGUGGCUGUGUACUUCUCGCAGACAGAGUGGGAUGGCCUGUCUCCCCGACAGAGAGCCCUGUACAGGGAUGUGAUGCUGGAGAAUUAUGGACAUGUGGCCUCCCUGGGAUUGCCACUUCUCAAACCUGCUGUGAUCUCACACCUGGAGGGAGGAAGUGAACUAUGGAAUCUACCUCCAGUGCCCUCUGGAAUGGAAACAGGCCCCCAAGGCCUCUGGACUGAUGUUGAUAUCCAAACUGACAAUAACUUGAUAGAGGAAAUGUGUGAAGAAAAAGAUAGUGCAUCAUUUAAACUUCAGAAAGAUUUUCCCCAGGAAACAGACUUUUCAGAAGCAUACGUUCUAGAGAAGCAGCAGGAAGUCCACACAGCAGGAAGUGUGAAGAAAGAACAGAGCAUUGUCAUUGAUGGGAUAGUAAAAGAUGAGCCAAACCCCAUGGAGGAAUGUGUUUUUAGUGAAAGCCCAGAUUUGUCUCACUGUCACACUGUAUCCAUUGGAGAACAUCCUUUUGAUUGUACAGGAUCUGAAAAAGCCUCCAGUGCUGACAGUAAGUGUGUUCAGCCCGAAACAGUUAAAAUAGAGGAAAGAGUCUUUAAAUGUGAAGAGCUGGUAGAAACCUCUAUGUGUGACUCUCAGUGUAAUGAGCAUCAAGAUGGUGACACUGGAGAGACAGCCUAUCAGUGCAAAGAAUGUGGUGAAGCCUUCAGUGCUAAUGAAAAAUUAAUUUGGCAUCAGAGACUUCACAGUGUGGAUAAGCCCUUCAAAUGUGUAGAGUGUGGGAAAAGCUUUAGCUACAGCUCCCAUUAUAUUACACAUCAGACAAUCCACAGUGGAGAGAAACCUUAUCAAUGCAAGGUAUGUGGGAAGGCCUUCAGCGUCAAAGGGAGUCUAAGUCGACAUCAGAGGAUCCACACUGGAGAGAAACCCUAUCAGUGCAAGGAGUGUGGAAGUGGCUUCAGCUGCAGCUCUGCAUAUAUUACACACCAGAGAGUCCACACUGGAGAGAAACCUUAUGAGUGUAAUGACUGUGGCAAGGCUUUCAAUGUUAAUGCAAAGUUAGUUCAGCACCAGAGAAUCCACACUGGAGAGAAGCCGUAUGAGUGUCCUGAGUGUGGGAGAGGAUUCCGGUGCAGCUCCCAGCUCCGACAGCAUGAGAGCGUCCAUACUGGAGAGAAGCCCUAUCAGUGUAAUGAGUGUGGGAAAGCCUUUCACAAUAACACAAAGCUCAUUCAGCAUCAAAGAGUCCACACUGGGGAGAAACCCUACAAGUGUCCCGAAUGUGGAAAAGCCUUCAGUGUCAAGGGGAAAUUAAUCCAGCAUGAGAGGAUCCACACUGGGGAGAAGCCCUUUGAGUGUGCCGAAUGUGGGAAAGCCUUCAGGUGCAGCUCCCAGCUGCGGCAGCAUCUGAGAAUCCACACUGGGGAGAAGCCCUAUGAGUGUAGUGAGUGUGGAAAGGCCUUCAGUGUUAAUGCAAAACUCAUUCAGCAUCAGCGGAUUCACACUGGGGAGAAACCUUUUGAAUGCAGUAAGUGUGGGAAAUGCUUUACUUCCAAAAGGAACCUCCUUGAUCAUCACAGAAUCCACACUGGAGAAAAGCCCUAUCAAUGUAAGGAAUGUGGGAAAGCCUUCAGCAUCAAUGCCAAACUGACUCGGCAUCAGAGAGUGCACACUGGGGAGAAGCCUUUCAAGUGUAUGGACUGUGAGAAGGCAUUUAGCUGUAGUUCCGAUUAUAUUGUACACCAGAGAAUCCACACAGGAGAGAAGCCCUUCCAGUGUAAAGAAUGUGGAAAAGCCUUCCAUGUGAAUGCCCAUUUAAUCCGGCACCAGAGAAGCCACACUGGGGAGAAACUCUUCCGAUGUAUGGAAUGUGGGAAAGGCUUCAGCUACAGUUCUGACUGCAUCAUACAUCAGACAGUCCACACUUGGAAAAAGCCCUAUGUAUGUAAUGUGUGUGGGAAAGCCUUUAGGUUUACCUUCCAACUGAUUCAGCACCAGAGUAUCCACAGUGAAGGAAAUCAAAGGCUGCUCUUGACAAGCCUGCGGAGACCCAGGCUUGAUGUUGGCACUACGGAACCCCCCGUUGCUGAUGACGCGGUAGUCAGGCAGAUGACCCCAUGUAAGAUCUGGAAGUCUGGCAGACUCCACCAUGGAAGGAAUGUCUACGCCACUGCCAUCAGCCGCUCUGCUCAGCAUGUGUACACAUGUGGCUUUGGCUUCAUCAAGGUGUGGGAUAAGAAUGCUCUGCACACAUGCGAGGCAGCCCCUCUGGAUCAGCUGAACUUUGAGAACCGCCGGAACUGUGUUCUCACCUGCAAGCUGCUCCCGGAUGAGGAAAGCAUGAUAACUGGAGGCCUGGCUCAAACCCUGACUCUGUGGGACCUGGCACCCACCCUCCGAGUCAAGGCCCAUCUGCCUUCUAUGGGCCACAAGUGCUUCUCCCUGGCAGUCUCCUCUGAUGCCCGGAUCUGCCUGGCUUCUAUCCUUGGUAUUUCCCAUGACCCCAGUGAGGAGUGGAUGCUCCUGGGAUUGAGAAACAGUGAUAUUAUACUCCUGCACACUUACUGGGAGGAGAAGUUUAAGGUCAACCUGCAUUUAAGAAACAGUCAAUAUCACAACCUCAAGUUUGCCUCCUGUGCCCCGACUGUGGCCACAUGA